AUGGGGAAUUUCUCUCGUGGUCUACUGGCCGCACGGUCGUCGGCAGACCCUCGCACCAAUACUCUGGGGUGGAGACCUCCGCUUCAGACACUGUCCGCCAUACGGUGUAGCUCCUCGAUCAAGUCAGGGCAUAUCCCAGUGGGAGAAGGAGAGGGACUCAUAUACGUCAACAGUGAGUAUAUGGAGUCUGCAAACCAAGAACCUCAAACACUAAUAGUCAAGCUAGACAUAUUCCCACAUCGGUUACAAUGGUUGCUUCGCGGGCCCCUCAGCCAUAUCCAACCCCUGGAGGGGAUUCUGAGGCGAAUCAACAAGCCUGGAUUGGCGGCUGCUGAACCUCUCCGCAUCGUUGAGCGGGCUCUCCCCAAGGAACUGGACCUCGAAAUCAAAGAGGUUGUUACGAGAUACAAAGAAGGCGGUGCAUUCGUGAAGUAUGGGCUGAAGUCAGACUUGACCGACGAGAGUAUCCAGCAAUCGAUUCAGGAAAACUUGCGCAAAAAGCCCAUCAACCCUUGGUUCAACCCGUUUCAAAACGUCGACGCGGAUCUUGUACGUGGAACACCGUGGAUCGAAGAUCUUUACCGAAUUCCAAGCCAGACCCUCAAGGUUGAAUUUUUGUCCAAUUCACCGGACACCUCAGCAGCAGAGCUAACGCAAGAGGCACUAUACUCACUUUUCCGUCCUUAUGGCAAGAUUCUGGAUAUUCAAGCACAGCCCUCGGACUCGAAAGUUGAGCCGCGAUAUGCAACCUUGCGGUUUGAGAGACCGCGGUACGCUGUCAUGGCCAGGAACUGCAUGCACGGAUUCAUAGUGUCUGAAGAAGCCGGAGGUGGAAAAUCUGGCACAAGGUUCAAGAUCAAUUACGAGCGCAAGAUAAAGCUCUUUAUGAUCAAAGACUGGAUUCUCAAUCACCCGAGACUUGUUAUCCCCGCUAUCGCAGCUCUGGUUGCUACGAUCACGGUGAUUGUCUUUGAUCCGAUUCGCACAUUUUUCAUCACACUCAAGAUCAAAUCAUCGUUCCAAGCCGAAGAGAAUCCGGUCCUUCAAUGGAUUCGCAAACAGGUCAGCAGAGCCAAUAUGUUCUCUUUUGGAAAACAGAAGUCCGACCCUCGUGGAUUGGCUGCCAUCUGGGAAGACCGACAAAAGGACAUUGAGCAGCUGCGAGCCUGGCUGACCGAGACUGCUGAAACAUUCAUUGUCAUCCACGGUCCCCGGGGCUCGGGAAAACGUGAAUUGGUCCUGGGGCAAGCCCUAAAAGAGCACAAAUACAAGGUUGUCAUUGACUGCAAGCAAAUUCAGGAUGCCCGUGGUGACACGGCCAAGAUCUCUCGAGCAGCCGCCCAGGUCGGUUACCGACCGAUCUUCUCUUGGAUGAACAGCAUCAGCAGCUUCAUCGAUCUUGCUGCGCAGGGCAUGAUUGGCACCAAAGCCGGCUUUUCUGAAACUCUCGAUGCGCAGCUGAGCAAGAUUUGGCAGAACACUGCCGUUGCCAUGAAGCGGGUGGCUUUGGAAGGCAGAAGCAUGGAGGACAAGGAUUCCAACAUGUCCGAAGAUGAAUAUUUGGAGGCCCACCCUGAAAAGCGACCGGUUGUGGUAGUUGAUAACUUCCUGUAUGACGCAGAAGACAGCGUUGUUCUGGACAAGCUCACCGAGUGGGCGGCUGGGCUGACUUCGGCGAACAUUGCCCAUGUCGUCUUCUUGACCACGGACUCCUCUUUCUCGAAGCCAUUGAGCAAAGCUAUGCCCAAUCAAGUGUUCCGUACAAUCGGACUGGGCGACUGCUCGCUCGAAGUAGGUCGGCGUUUCGUGUUGAGCCAUUUGGACUCUGAGGCUGGCGCCGAUAAUGAAGCAAACGCGCGGCGCAGGGAAACGUUGCACGGCUUGGACUCUUGUAUCAGAGUCUUAGGCGGCCGAGUUACCGACUUGGAAUUCAUGGCUCAUCGCAUUGAGGCUGGUGAGACUCCAGAGGCUGCGGUCAGCCGAAUCAUUGAGCAAUCGGCAUCAGAAAUCCUGAAAAUUUUCAUCCUUGGGACAGACUCUGCGCCGUCUCAAUACACCCGUGAACAGGCAUGGGAUUUAAUCAAAUCUCUCGCGCAAUCCAAGGACGGCAGUCUACUAUACAAUAAGGUACUACUGGGAGAUCUCUUCAAAGACAACGGGGAGGCCACCCUACGAGCCUUGGAACAAGCAGAGCUCAUUUCUGUUGCAACUGACAAGGGAUUCCCCCGAUAUGUCAAGCCCGGGAAGCCCGUUUACCGCGCUGCAUUCCAACGUCUGGUUGAAAACAAGACCCUUCAAGGCCGGCUCGAUCUUUUGAUCCUGGCUCAGCUGAUCGGGAAUGAGAACUCUAGCAUUAAGAAGUAUGAGGAGGAGCUGCAGGUUCUGGGUUCAUUGCCUAAAUACCCUUGGGAACUCACUUCACGGAUUGAAUGGCUGUUGCGUAAAGUUCAUGGAGCGCAAGCGAAGGUUCUGAAGUAUGAGAGUGACAGCGCUGCUUUAUCCAAGAUUCUGCAGAAGGAGAACUAA